UCAAGGCUGAGCCUGCUGGAAUCACAGCCUCCUCUGUGCCCGGAGAAGAACAAUGGAUAACAUUUGCUUCUUUUUUUUUUUUUUAAAUACAAAGCAAUUGGUGGGCAUAUUAUGACAAGGCUAUAGGACAAAUAUCAACUCCUACACAAGCCUGUGUCUUCUUUGACCAAUUUUGUUCUCCAGAGCAAAAAGAGAACAAAAAGGGGGCUUCCAGCUCACAUUGGGUGGAGGAACAAAGAGAGGUAAAAAACAAACUCAAGGAAAGGAGGUUUCAAGUGCAGUGGAUUGUUUACUUCUGAGGAUGUGAUGACCGAGCCUCCCAGCACAUGCACCUCAUGAGCAAAUCCCCUUAGCUGCCUGGAGGAGCAGAAACACAGCGUGCUUCAAAGUGCUGAGGGUGAUGUGGUGGCAGCAAAAGGGGGGCCGUUUUCAUCUAGCCUGAAGAAAUGAUGCAUUUUCUCCACUGUUCUUCUCCCUCCUCUUCACACGGGCACGUCUGAAAGCAUGCACGCUUCUGAGGAGCUGUGGAACUCCACGGACCGCGUCUGGAUCAACGGCUCUCGGGUGAACGUAUCUCUGGAAAGACAUGGGGACAGUGAUGAGGAGGAUGAAGGAGAUCAGCACCCAUUCCUCACUGACGCCUGGCUGGUCCCCCUGUUCUUCUCACUCAUCAUGCUGGUGGGACUUGUCGGCAACUCUCUGGUUAUCUAUGUCAUUUCCAAACACAGGCAGAUGAGGACAGCGACUAAUUUCUACAUAGCAAACCUGGCGGCCACUGACAUCAUCUUCUUGGUGUGCUGCGUCCCCUUCACUGCCACCCUCUAUCCACUUCCGGGAUGGAUCUUUGGGAACUUCAUGUGCAAAUUUGUCGCCUUUCUACAGCAGGUGACUGUCCAAGCUACUUGCAUAACUCUGACUGCUAUGAGUGGAGACCGCUGUUAUGUGACAGUGUAUCCUCUGAAAUCCCUCCGUCAUCGCACACCGAGAGUAGCCAUGAUUGUCAGCCUCUGCAUUUGGAUUGGCUCCUUCAUCCUGUCCACCCCGAUUUUAAUGUACCAGCGUAUAGAGGACGGAUACUGGUAUGGUCCAAGACAAUACUGCAUGGAGAGAUUUCCCUCAAAAAUUCAUGAGCAGGCUUUCAUCCUCUACCAGUUCAUUGCUGCGUACCUGCUGCCUGUCCUCACUAUCUCCUUCUGCUACACCCUGAUGGUCAAGAGGGUCGGACAGCCCACUGUGGAACCUGUAGACAACAACUAUCAGGUCAACCUUCUUUCUGAGAGAACUAUAAGUAUCCGAAGCAAAGUCUCCAAGAUGGUGGUUGUGAUUGUCCUUCUCUUCACAAUCUGCUGGGGACCCAUCCAGAUCUUCGUCCUCUUCCAGUCCUUCCAUCCAAACUACCGGCCAAACUACGUCACGUAUAAAAUCAAGACAUGGGCCAACUGCAUGUCCUACGCCAACUCAUCAGUCAAUCCCAUUGUUUAUGGCUUCAUGGGGGCCAGCUUCCAAAAGUCCUUCAGGAAAACCUUUCCCUUCCUGUUCAAACACAAAGUCAGAGACAGCAGCAUGGCUUCAAGGACUGCCAACGCUGAAAUCAAGUUUGUUGCGGCAGAGGAAGGCAACAAUAAUAACGGAGUGAAUUGAAAAUGACAAAUUCAAAAAAAAAAGGAGAAGAACUCAAUAAUUCCUUUUGUGCAGAGCAGUCACUGCUGGAAGACAAUUGCAAAAUUGAUGAGUAUCAGCCUUGGACUCAUUCAUCUUAAAAAAAAAAAAGCAACCGGCAGAUUUAAAAAAGAGGCAGACACAUUUUAUUUAUGUUAAUAAAGACACCAAUGUGGGGAAACACAAUCAUAAUAUGGUUUGCUAAAUGAUGUUACCUUUUCUCGUGGGAAGGACAGCUGGCGCUGGCACAAUGGGUCACAUAUUGAGCUGCCAAGCAUCUCUGCUAAAUAACAGAGUACAGUCGAUUAUGUCCGAUGAGUACAAUGUUGCCUAAAAGGUGGGAGGCCCAGUCCCUCACAGCCAAUGUUUGAAACAAUACACAGACCACAAAUGUACAUGUUAAGUGGAUGAUCAAUGUUCUAGAUUAGACGCCUGUAUGGAAAUGUUUUGUAAUGUGGUCGACAUUCGUUCCUAUCAUAUACAAGAACUAGAAUGUCAUAUUGUUAUGUCACUCUGGGAAACAAAUAUCACUGUGUAUUUUCUCUAAAGGAGCAAUUUCACAUUUUGAAAAUGUUUUGAAAUGACUUGUGUUAUACUCAUGUCAAUAAAUGUGAAGUGGAAGCCAGCAGAUCAGGAAAGACUGGGAAGAUGUAUGAAACAAAUGACAGAAGCCAAGCAGGGGUCAUCAUUCAAUAAAUAAAUAAAUAACUAAAGCCAGAGAAAGAGAGCUGAGAGAGUGAAGAACCCCUGCCAAGGCUGCGGCUCAGUUUCCCACAGUGCCAUUGCUAUCUCGUAACUGGAGUAACUGGAUCGCAACAAUCACCCAAAUGUAAUGAUUCAGUUGAGAAAUGUAUUGUCCCUCAAGGGGGAGAUUUCGUUUGGAGCAGUGGUUAAAAAUCAGUCUUUUUAACCUUAAAAAUUCCGCCACCAGAAAUGUAUUGUCCCUCAAGGGGGAGAUUUCGUUUGGAGCAGUGGUUAAAAAGCAGUCUUUUAACCUUAAAAAUUCCGCCAACAGAGUGUUUGUUUAAAAAAAGGCCACAGAAAUAUCAGCAACAAUAAAUAAAUAAACAAGUGAGCAAGUAAGCUUCUUUGUCCCCAGACAAACGUCUUUUUGACCUUCGGCGCAAACAAACAUAGCUAGAAACAUAAACUCCUUGGUGAAGGUAGUAAAAGCAAAUGAUAGAAACAAUAAAAGGCAACAGAAGUCAAUGAAGGAAUCUUUCCUUCUUGUUUUGUUAGCUUAUUGGUAAGUGACAUCAUUUGUGUCAGGACUUUGAAGUAACUGACCUUAUCACAGCAAGAGCCUAUAUAUAUAAAAAUGUACUUUUCUUUGUCUGUUAACUGAUUAUCGUUAAUUUUAUGUGUAAGGUUUUGAUGAGGCUGUACAAGAGAAUGGGAAUCAAUGUUGACUGCUAUAGAAAAGUAGGAGGGGUCAGCAUCCAGUUUCAUCCAUGUUUUUUCUCUCUCCAUUGACGAACAUAGGAUCUGGGUGAAAAAGUGGGGUGACAACAAACUUUCACACCUUCCUCCACCAUACCUGCAGGAACAUGAGCACACAUACGCAGACACGCACAUGAUAUGUCCAGGUGUUGUUCAUUGGAAUCUGUUGUCACAUCUCCAACACCAAGCUGAACAAUCUUGUCUGAUGGACUCAGUUCCAAAUUCGAAAGGUAACUGGCACAUCCUGUACCCUUUUGAAAGAAAUCAUUUUGAACCUGUGCAGGUUUCUGAUAAUGGAAAACAGAGUGCUUGCCAGCUCUCUGCUCUCUAGAUGCAACCCUUUUUUUUCAGUCCAUCCCACACAUUGGCGCUCAAAAUCAAAACUCCAAUUACGGCAUAUAGAAAGUCUGCUAAUGCAAUUCCUAUUUGAAUUGCAGACAUCGCAGGACUUGCACUCAUCUGGGCUCCAUUUGGAUGACAUCAAAGUGUCUUGAAAGAAACACCAGAGUGCACUUGGCCUCUUGCCAUAAUUAUCCAUGAAGAGAUAAUAAAAUGGCACAAAAGGAUUGUCAUCUAUUUUGCAGAAAGACAUGAUUAAAUGUCUGUCCGUCUUACCUCACAUACAGUUGAUGUAAGCCGACAGGAUACAGAAAAACACUAGAAAGUUUACUUUUACCAAGGAAAUGCUACUUAUUUACAUACUGUGAACAAAAUAAGUCACAAAAGGUUUGAGGUGCAUUGCAAUUUUUAAAUUUGUAUUGCUGUAAAAGAUGCUUUUACAUGUGAAAUUGAACGUGAACGACCACUAACUGUGUGCUUAUUGUGCUGCAUUUGCCAUGAGGCCAUUAGGAGUCAUCGAGAUAAUGUACGUUUUCUGCUGUACGUUAUUAUUAUUACACUCGUUUGCCUAGAAUCAUGUCCUUGAUUCUGUAGCGGUGGUGGAAACAUUUUAAAAUGUAACUUAGUUUGAUGAUGCCAAUCAUGCCCAAUACCCUACAGAGAUGUAACUAUUGUAGAGUGCCUGCAGAAUUUCACAUUAGCUUAAGUGCUGCUUUACAUUUGCAUUGGAAAUGUUCUCGAUUGUUUUUUUUCCUCCUUUUCUUGACCAUUAAACAAAGAGAACGUAUCGGC